CAAGGAAAUAGCACUGGACCGAGAACAAAACAGCUAAACCAGCUCGGUCUCUAACCCACACAUCUUAAUCACAACAAGAUGAUGAAGUUAUUUUUGUUGCUUCUCUGCUGUCAUGUCUCAUCUCCAGUGAAACACUCCCUAACGUUUUACCUCAUGGUGUCCUCUGGAGUCCCAAACAUCCCAGAUUAUUUGGUCAUGGCAAACAUUGAUGAAGUGAUUAUGGCUUACUCUGACAGCAACAUGGGAACACACGAACCCAGACAAGACUGGGUGAGAAAAUUAAGGAAAGAAGAACCACAAUACUGGCAAAGGAGCGUUGAAGCGUGCAUGAAUUAUCAGGAGCUCUUUAAAGCUCAAACUGACAGUUUCAAGCAGCACUUAAACCAAACUGAAGGUGUUCACGUUCACCAGCAGAUUUCGGGUUGUGACUGGGAUGAUGAGACUGAAAAGGUACAUGGUUUUAACAAGUAUGGUUAUAAUGGAGAGGACUUUCUCACAUUUGCCAUGGAGACAGAGACAUGGAUCGCUGAGAACCCACAAGCUGAAAUGAUUAAACAAGAGUGGGAUGGAAAUAAAUUUGAUAUUGCAAACAAGAAGAACUUCCUCACCAGCGAGUGUCCUGCGUGGCUGAAGACAUAUUUGAACUAUGAGAAGAGUUUUCUGCAGAGAACAGACCUGCCCUCAGUGUCUCUCCUCCAGAAGUCUCCCUCCUCUCCAGUCAGCUGCCACGCUACAGGUUUCUACCCUGACAGAGCCAUGAUGUUCUGGAGGAAAGAUGGAGAGGAGAUUCAUGAGGACGUGGAGCUCGGAGAGAUCCUCCCCAACCACGAUGGAUCCUUCCAGAUGAGUGCUGACCUGAACCUUUCAUCAGUCCCACCUGAAGACUGGAGGAGGUACGACUGUGUGUUUCAUCUCUCUGGUGUGAAGGACCACAUCGUCACCAAACUGGACAAAGCAGUGAUCAGGACCAACUGGGGCAAAACUGCGCUGAGAAAUAGCAAAGAUAACAUGACUGUCCCGAUCACUGCUGCGGUGGUUGUUCUUGCUGCCGUCCUCAUUGCUGCUGUUGGAUUUACAGUUUACAAAAAGAAGAAAGCCAGUCGCCCUGCACCUCCUCCUGUCAACAGCUCUGAGCUCUCUGAGAGAUUGAAUCCAGAAACAUAAUUGACAAACACACCAUCCUGCACACAGUGACGUCAUGUGGGACUACAGAACAGUCAAUGCUGUGACAUUAAGUAUUCACACCUCCAGUUGUUUUGCCAUUUAAUGUAAAACUGUAGUGGCUUGAAUUCGGCUGGUGGCUGUCACAGCAGGCUAGUGGCCCGCAACAGUGGCCGGUCUGACCUGUGUAACUGCAGCAACAGAAAUUUUGCUGAUCCAGGAGGGAGCUUUGGUUUGCUUUGGCUGGAUUUGGAUUGCUGCGGCCACUGAAUGGAGGUCUUUCUGUGGACCUGCUGCCUACUCUCUUUGGGGUGAGGUGGUCUGUAGUAGCGGAAAGUGAGGAGGAGGGGACACAGGGAUUUGAGACUCCAGCUUACUUGGCAACAUACAGCCUAUAUGAACAUGAAGCCGCAGCUGAGAGCGUCUGGCUCCACUUAUCAGAGCGCUAAGCAAUUAGAAACAUUUUCUCUCCAUCUCUGUAACGCACUGCCAAUAAUGUUAUGUUUUGUUUCAUAUACUGUCAGACUCCUUUUUAAGACUCUCUUUGUUAAAUUUGUUCUCCUUUUUUUGGGUUACUUUGCAGUGUAGGCAGUGUAGCCAAUGCUGGAAUAGCAGCUUUUUCUGCAGGAUUCUCCACCGUUGAAUCAGGCUUUCACAGAAGGGACAAUACACACACACAUCUGCAUCUGUAGAACAGCCAAUAGUCCAAAGUCUCCUGUAACAGGCUAGAUUUUCUAAAGCCCAAAAACAGAACCAAGAGAAGGUGCAAAAGUCUUGUCUCUCUCGGUCCACUUAAAUUACAACAUGCUCCAAGUUAAGCAUUGUAUUUCUGCUAAAUGAUGCCAAAAUAAAACGGCCUACCCCAGCUUUAAGAGGAAGCAACAAGCUGAAUAAGGCAUAGACUCUCUUUGAAUGUCUCAUUCAUUUGCACUGCUGUUUCAUUCAUUUUGUGCUUAUGUUUUUCCUUCAAAAGGUCAAAAGGUCUGAGGCCAGUUGGACAAAACAUCUUAAGUUAAGAUAUUACUUUAAGUCCUAGUUAAGGUUUCCUCAGAAUAAAAUUGGUUGGACAAAACACCUUUAAAUUUUCUCAUUAAAAUGUUCAAUGAAGUAUUCAUGGUUUUCUCCUUGUUUUGGCCUUAUACUAAUGGAAUCCCUAGACUGUUGCACUGAAGACCUUAGCAACGAAAGCAAGCUAAAAAAAAACCCAAAAAACUUAAGGUACCUCUGACUCCAUCUUAUCUGCAACAUGAUAAAUGCAAAAAACUAACACGCCCCAAGAAGACUGUUCUGCGACCACGCGCCCAGUGGAUACACCUUUGAUUUUCCACUAUAGAUUUGACAGAAUUCAUUUUCAGUGCAGUUUCUUCCUUCAAUCAUUUUCUGGUAUUUGGGGAUCGAAUUUACUUUGUAGGAUGUGUUUUCUAUGAUUAUAUUCCUCCAGUGGUAUAAUCUUUUCCUCCUCUGAACAAUAUGGUACUUUUCCUCUGCCAUUUUUUCACCAUCUGUUGGCCAACUUUGUGAGACGAUAACAGGCGUCACAAGUAUGAGUCCAAGCAAACAAUCUCCAUGGAAACUUUCACAGCUUAAAAUCUCUUUCAGUGCAGUAGGUGAGUUAACGUAGUAUAUCCUUAACUUAGGAGACCUUUUGAGGGAUUCUGUGCAACUGUCCCUCAGCUAAGGAAAAUUAAGCCUAAAAGAGAUAAUUUAAGGUAUUUUGAGCAAUCGGUCCCUGGCUUUUUAUGUAAAGACACAUAAGUUCACGACCAGUGUCUGUAGUUACAGUGACAUGAAUAUUCACGAUUAUUCAUAGACACCAAAUGAAUGUGACCCCAACCUGUGGAACUAUAAAGGACAGACAAAAUCAGAUGUGUAGAUGUAUGACUGCUGUAAUGAUACAUGAGUGCAGAUGUAAUCCCUGCAACUAUAAUGUUAAAGCACUAUAUACAACAUAAAAUAUUAGUACCAUUUGUUGUGAUGAGACAUUGUUUAUCUGCCAGUCUGUCUGAUUUUAAAAUGCUGCUCUUGAACGUAUGUCAUCUCUUGGUUACUUACCAUAAACUAUAGGUUGUUUGAUUUUUGGAGCAAAAAUAUUAUGGUGCACAAGUUUAGUCCAUUAAUAACCAUUCAUUUAAAAGCUCUUGAUUCACAAGUAGAGUUGCUGUGUUUUCACUCAGGUCCACAUUUUGCUCCAAGGACACACCUGUGAUAGGCUUUUAUUUUUACCUCAACUUGAUAAGACUGUAUUUUACCUUAAUCACAUUUUUGAUAAGAGUGGUGAUAAUGUCUGUGCAUUUGUACUGAAUGUAUAAACCUUGUUUGUCCUGCAGUGAAACACACCCUGAGGUUUUUAUUAACUGCAUCUGCAUCACAUGAUAUUCAUCAAGAAGCACAAAAAUCAAUAUAUAUAAAAAGAGUAAAAAGAAAAUUGUGUUUUAAUAAUUUAAUAACCCCUUGUCUUAUAUAGGCUAUAUUUGUUGAACUACAAACUGGUUUAAUUACAAUGAACAGUUAAAUUCAAACAUAUCAGCCUGCAAACAAACAUUAAUUGAUCUAAUCAUUGCUGGACCUAGCAAGCUUCUCCUGGCUGCCCCAGCUCAAAAAAUAAAAUAAAAUAAAAUGAACAAUGACAAUAAUAAUAACUAUGAUAAUAACAGCAAGAACAAGAGCCAAUG